CCUUUGUCCGACGAGACCUGCACGCAGAAGGCCGGAGAGGACAGCUAUUGAUUUGAUCAGGAGGUCAGGGGGUAGACAGCUGCAGGGCAAGAAUGGCGAGGGGAAAAACAAUGCAAAUGUGUUGGAGGAUGGGAAGGCCUUCAGGUACCAAUGCAGAAUACAAGUAGGAAGAAAAUGUGCUAAUGUUGUAUCUGAAAGUCUCCAGUCUGUCAUCCACUGUGUUGUGCACCUCUGACCACUGUGUGGCAUCGUCUUUAUUGCUGCUUUUGGUUGGCAGCUUUUGCUUGAUAAGACUACAAGAUUCCCAAGUGCCUGAAAGUUCACACCUGGAGAAGUGAGUGAGGGGGAGUUGCACAAAGAUGGAAAACCAUUUGGUAGAGAACGAGACAGCCUUUUACUCAAAGGCAGAGCACUACUGGAAGGAAGUCCCGCCUACUGUGGAUGGAAUGCUGGGGGGAUAUGGCGGCAUUUCAAGCAUUGACAUUAACGGUUCAAAAAAGUUUCUCAAAAACUUUCUUGGGGAAGGACAGGGCAAGACUGGCACAGGCUGUGCUCUGGAUUGCGGAGCUGGAAUUGGCCGUAUCACCAAACGUCUGCUCUUGCCGCUCUUCCGUACAGUGGACCUUGUGGAUGUGACGCAGGAGUUCCUGGAUAAAGCUCGUACCUACUUGGGUGAAGAUGGCAAGCGGGUAGAGAACUACUUUUGCUGUGGCCUGCAGGACUUCCAACCCCAGCCAGAGCGCUAUGAUGUUAUAUGGAUUCAGUGGGUUAUUGGUCACUUGACUGACAGUCACCUAGUGGAAUUUUUGAGGCGUUGCCGGAGCGGUCUGCGUCCAAAUGGCCUUAUUGUGGUGAAGGACAACGUUGCGUAUGAAGGUGUAGUACCUGAUGAGGUGGACAGCAGUGUAUGUCGGGACCUGAAUCUACUACGCCGCAUAGUGGACAGGGCUGGACUCAGCAUCGUCUAUGAGGAACAGCAGGAGAACUUCCCGGAGGAGAUCUAUCAGGUUCACACUUUAGCUCUCAGAUAACUGUAAGCAUUGAACAUUGAAGGUUCAAUGUUAGCCACAAAAAGCUACUUGGUACUGCCAAUGUUUCUGCUGUUUUAAGACUGAAACCUGACAAUGGAACUUUGGGAUUUUAAGGAGGGGGAUUUGUACCUUUCAACUUGGUAAUGUUACAGCUAGCGUUCAUCGCUGGCAGGUAUGUGAGUAAAUAAGUGGCUAAUGGUUUCCACGUGGUAGCUUUACACUCCGAUUUAUAGUUUUGAAUCUGUCCGAGCAGCUUUAUGAUAGACGAGUGGAAACAGCCACUGUACUGAAGACUUCAGAUUAUUUAAAACUGAGUUUAGCAUGUGUCUGUGAGACUAAAUGAUGUGGGUUGAACCUUUUAAUAAAUUAUUUGAGAAUUCAAGUCUAUACCUGUUCAUGUUACGAUUUAAGUUUUACAGCUGUUGACACACUGAAGUUAGCUGUGCUUUAUCUUGAAUAAACGAAUAUUUUGGAACAGA